AUGUCCAGCGUCGUGAGGAGGAGGAUGGUAGGCAAGGAAAAGGAGAGUCGGAUAGGAGAGGGAGAGACGAAGGGUGUGGGUGGGCAGGAGGAUAGGGAGAAGCGGGAUAAAAACACGCGAUACGGCCUCGUUUCGUGUCUAAGAAAAGCAGCCGAAAAUAGUGAAGAAAGGCAAGUAAAGCAACAGAAGCAGAAAACUCGCUGCAAAGGCGAAGAGCAGAAUUUGAUUGAAGAGCAUGUCAGCCGCAUAUACUACUCCCAUACCAGCACGAUCCUCGCUCGGCGGAAGUCCCACUGUGCAGCGGUACACUGCGAUGUAGCAGUCGCAGUCCUCUAUCCAUCUUGCCUCCCGCUUGUCGGUGUUCUCUUUCCACGUUCAUCUUCCUCUUCCCGCGCAUCCACCCAGCUCACAGGCCUCGACCACGAGAACUGA